AUGUCUCCGUCCAAUUCCGCUUCCACUCUUCCUGUUCCCGAAGGUCUCCCGAAGAACAUAUCAAGUGCAGACGAAUACCUUCAACUAGGGAUUCAGCACCAUGAGGCCGAUAAUCUUCCGCUCUCUGCAUAUUGUUUUGAACAUAGUGCAAAAUUCAAUGGAGGAUGCGGUGUUGGUAUGUUAAUGUGGGGAUUGACGCUAAGGCAUGGGUGGGGUGUGCCUAAAGAUGAGAAUAAGGGUUUCGUGUGGGUUCGACGUGCUGCCGAAGCCGCUGUGGAUGAUUUGGAUUCAGUGAUGAGCGGAGUCGAUGCUGGAGCAGUCCAGAGUGAGCUUGUGCUGGCGAUAUACGAAGUUGGUCAAUGCUACUCCAAUGGCUGGGGCGUUCCAAAGGACAAGAAAAUGGCAGUGAGCUACUUCCAAGUUGCCGCACGAUUGGGGGAUCCUGACGCCCAACAGGAGCUGGGUUUCUGCUUCGCCAAUGGAAAAGGAUGCAAGAAGAACAAGAAGGAGGCUGCCAAAUGGUACCGAAAAGCAACUGAGCAAGGCGUCAGCACUGUUGGUUUAGCAUGGAUAUACAAGGACAAGUAUCAGUAA